AUGGUAGAGGCACCAAAAUGUGAUGAAAUUACGGUUUAUGCUGUUAAACAAGAAGUUGUUAUUGCCAUUGUUGGGGAUUCAUUCUAUCCAACAGUUGGGAUGCUCCACGUUUUUCUUAAUCGUCUGAGUAUGUGGUGCAUUACUGUAGCAUAUUGUGGAGUCAUUCUGUCAAGGCAAGAUAAUAUAGCACUAUGGGCUGUUCUUGGUUUCGCUUUGAACAUUAUAUUAUCAAAAAGUUUGAAGCAGAUAUUAAACCAGGAACGGCCCGUUUCUGAAGUGUGUUCGGGCCCUGGAAUGCCUUCUACACAUGCUCAAUCUAUUUCCUUUACUGUCAUAUUCAGCAUUCUUUCAAUUAUUGGAUGGCUGGGAUUGAAUGCUCUUUCAGUAAUUCUCAGCGGGCUAGUUGUAGCAGUUGGUGUUUAUUUUACAUGGCUACGGGUUCUACUACGUUACCACACAACUAGCCAAGUGGUUGCAGGCACAAUCGUGGGGUCUAUAUUCUCGGUCUUAUGGUUCACCAAUUGCAAUGCAAUGAUUCUAAAGGCAUAUAACUCGUGUUUAUGA